ACCCUCAACAAAAUGGGAAUGCGCGCGGCCUCUUGGUUGAAAAUAUACCUGCGAGGAGCGAAAUGGGACUCCGUGCCCUGAGGAUUCGAGCGGGUCCACUGUUUAGAACCCUAGCAUGCCGUAUCUCGCCGGGGCAGGGACCCGAGGUCCGGUGUCUCUUCGCGUCAUCUCACCUGCAAUCUCCGAGGAUGUCGGCUGCUAGCUAUUUUCACAAUUUGUCGGACACUCGAUUUUCAGAGAGAAGGCCCAGCUGUGAGCCUCGCAUAACGAAAGCAAACUUAGGAACAGUGGGAUAUUUCGCGAGGGCUUUCGGAACUGAGGCAGAAGUGGCAGUGGGAGGACAAGUGAUCAGUUGCCACACUCUGGAGGCCUGGAACGAACAGCUGCAGAAGGGCAACGAUUCUAAGAAACUGUUGGUAGUUGAUUUCACUGCUUCAUGGUGUGCACCAUGCCGUUUCAUUGCACCAUUUUUUGUAGAGUUGGCUGAAAAAUUCCCCAGUGUGACGUUCUUGAAGGUGGAUGUAGAUGAAUUGAAGUCAGUUGCUGCUGAUUUGGAUAUUGAGGCAAUGCCAACUUUUGUUUUCAUGAAAGAGGGGAAAAUCUUGAGUAGAGUUGUGGGAGCAAAGACAGAAGACUUGCAACUCACACUUGAGAAACACCAGUCCACUGCCUGAUUAGGAUAAGCUUCUCAUAUUGCUUAUGGUGCAGGAUAAAAGUAUCACUAUGAUGCUAUUAAUGUGGACUUGAGUUUUGUAUUUAUUUUGUAGUUGCCAGAUCUUCUUGUGUGGAUUUGUUGUUUCUAUUAAAUAAAAGCUCAUGCUAUGGUUUGCCCA